AUAGCCUGGUGUGUGUCCGAUCACUUAUUAGGAGGUUGUCUCGGUGUUAGUAUGUGCGGUUGAGUACAGUGACUUCUCUUUCUUACCCCUCACCUCUUUCCAUUCUUCUCUCUUUUGGCGUUUUGCAUUCCGUCGGCAUGGACGACGGGCACAUGGCUUCCUCAUCCUCAGCGGCGCCUGUGAAGCAGGAGACUUCCGAGACAGGCAGAGCGUCCCCAGCUCAUCAACCUCAACAAUGUAUCAGCGUUGCGCCAACCAUUGUCACACCUCAGGAUGCUAUUGAAGAAUCGCAGCUACGACCUGCUGAGUUUUCGGUACUCUCGCCAUCUGCGAGGACAUCACACACACGUGUUGAUCUGUCGUUGAAUCCCGAGGUCGGUUCAAGGAGGGUUCAGCCUGAGGAAGGCUCAGAAGUCGUACAGACUGCUGACGAUGCCAUUGCUCAGGAGGAGACUCCAGCGGCUGAAGCUGAAGCUGAUGAAGUAGAGCCAGCCGUGCCCCAUGUGCCGCAGGUGUCUCUCACGUUCUUGUUAGUGUCGGGCAGACGGAGGACGAUGUCGUUUGAUCAUGAAGCGACGGUUGGGAGGGUGAAGGAGCUAGUGUGGAAUGCGUGGCCAAAUGACUGGCAGGACGAACGACCACCAGGCCCGUCGUACCUCCGAAUCCUAUAUCUCGGUAAAAUUCUGCAGGACGACGACACUUUGUCAAAAGUAGGCUUUCCCACUGUCGUCAGUACGGCGGAGACAGGACAAUCGUCAACAUCCCCUCCCACCAUUGUGCAUCUCUCGAUACGGGCGUAUGCCCCACCAGGCGCGGAUGAGACACCAAAGAAGAAGGGCCGCCGGAGACGCACACGAUCGGAGGGAGAGGAGCGCGCGGAAGGAGAGGAGGACGACGAGGGAGGAUGCCAGUGCUGCAUUAUAUGCUAGUGCUGCAUUAUAUGCUAGUGCUCAGCUAGUGCGAUGCAUGGUAUUCACUUGUCUCAUGUUUUUCUUUCUCGACUCGGCAUCCUGAACGUUUGCAGGCUAUGAUAGCGUAAUUGCCGGGCACGUUCUGGGGCUGCUGAUAUACCAUUACUCUACCUGCUUGAUUGUUUCGUACAUGUUACGAGUGUAUUAUAAGUCGUGCUUGUUUUGUCUGGGACGAUAUUUCAAUGUCUCGUUGC